AUGGUACAGAAUCGGAUGGUUUCAGCCGUACCUAGUCACACCAAAUCUGGAUACUGCGUGCGUAAAAACGAGUUGGAGAGUUGCUAUUUAUGGCUCGCGAGCUUCGUCACUCCUCACUUCAACUUCACCAGUAUCUACGCAGCACGGUACAGACGACCAUUUCCAUCCCUCUCGCACGUACCCACGGAGACGGCUUCGGUUCUUGCCCUGCGAGCUGCAGAUAAACACGGAGAGGCGAUGAGUGGGCUCGUCCCUGUUGACGACGGCGACGAAUUCCCAGUUCCAUUCUCGACGAGGGUCGAAGAUGAGAUCAUGGAGCUGCUCUGGGAAGACGGACGGCUCGUCGUUCAGAGCCAGAGACCGGCCAUGGCGCGAGCAGCCGCGAUCGCGGCGGGCGGCGGCGGCGGCGGCGGCGGGCGGCGGUCCGCCAGGGGGGAACGACGGCGACGCCAUCGCCUCUUCGUCCAGGAAGACGAGGUGGACUCGUGGCUGCAGUACCCCUUCGACGUCUUCAACGGCGGCGGUUUCUGCUCCCACCUCCCGCGCUCGCCCGCGCCUUGCGUCACUUCGAGCUCCGACGCGGGUUGCGACUUCGGAACCUCCGAUUCGGGCGAGGUUACGAGCGAGAACGCCGCGUCGGCGGGCUCCGCGCUUGUUCCGAAGGCAGCGAUAGGGGAAUUGAGUCCGUCGGUGUCGAACGAGUCGACUGCCGCGGAGCCGAAAGGGACUACACCUCAGGCGAGUUCGGGAGGCGUGAGAGGCCACGUUAGGCGGGAGAGAGCUAGCGGCGCGGCGGUGGAUGCUCCCCCAGGCGGCGGCGGCGGCGUCGGUGGUGAGGAGGGGGUGGCUCGUGAUGAGACGAUGGUGACGUCACCGCCAGUCGGGUCCGCCACCACCGGCAUGGGGCGGCUAGCUCCGGCGGGGGCGGCACCACAGGUGGGUAUGCAGAGGGAGAAGAGGAAGCGCGAAGGGAGAGACGCGGGGGACGGCGAGUGGCUCAGUGACGAGAAGGACGUCCGUUUUGAGUCUGCUGAUGCAAAGGAGCGAGGUGCUAAAUCAACCCCUGCAAAGAGAUCUCGUUGCGCAAAUGUCCACAAUCUGUCGGGGAGGAGACGCGGAGACAGAAUAAGUAGAAAGAUGAAGGCAUUGCAAGAACUCAUUCCUCAGUGCACCAAGGCUGAUAAAGCAUCGUUGCUGGAUGAAGCAAUCGAGUACUUGAAGUCGCUUCAAUUGCAAGUGCAGAUGAUGUCCAUGGGGUGCAGUAUGGUCCCUGUGGUAUUUCCUGUUGUGCAAGCCUACAUGCCAUGCAUGAAUGCAACAAAUGUGGGCAUGAAUCCCCCCACGAUGCUAUAUCCUAACAUCUUGGCUAGUUCGCUGAUGCAACUGUCAGCUAAUGGUGUUCACUUGAGCCCUGGAUGGCCCUUUUCAAACUUUAGCAUGCAGCAAGAAACUCCAGAUCAAUUUAGAACGCCACCACCUAAUCACUUGGAUCCAACAUUAGCUCAAAGAUGAUUCAAAAUCUGAGCCAGCGAUUUCCAGCAAAUGCCGGUUCCUUUCAGCAGCAGCAGGGCCUUUAUUAUAUGCAACAACCACCACAAUAGGUUGGCAUUAACAUUCCCUUAUUAAUGGGAACCGGACCAAGUUAUGAUCCAGCCUGGUGGUGCCAAGCCCAAGAAGGAGCAGAGGAGGUCAGUAUCAGGUUUCAGCUCCAUUGAGCUCUGCUGUCCAUGGCUUCUUAUCUCAUGCUGACAAUGAAGACCGGUCUAGAGGAGAUUAAUGGCUAACUCAGCUGGCAACAGAAGAUUAUUGUGUACGAUCAAUGAAAUUCAGUUCAUUGUUCACUUGUAAGAUCAAUGAAAUAUAAAGUCGGUGCUCUCUCUCUCUCUCUCUCUCUCUCUCUCAUAUGUGAUAUAUUAUACACAUGGGAUAAGCAAAGGUUUAAACGAGGGUCAUGAACACUUGGCUCAGGUUCUCCUAAACCCUACCGACCGCGACAUUGUCGACUCGAUCAAUAAUAAAUAUCAUGCUCUUUCUGUUAUAGGUCUCCAGUUGGAGGCUGGUUAGAGGCCAAGUGAAACGCAAAAGAUCGUUUCACUUUCCA